AUGACAUCGAGAAUCUCCUUCGCUUUGGGCGUGGCAGCCCUUGCCGGGCUCUCGCAGCUGGCAUACGCGCAAACAAACAUCACGUCCAGUCACUGCAUUUCCUCUUCUGAGUACUUGUCUUGCAACCGUGAUGUUGCGGACAAGUGGGGGUCCUGUGUGGACGAUUGCAAUGGCAAUGGCAACUGCAUUGUGGAUUGUGGCUGUACCGCCCAUCAGAAAUAUAUCAACUGUAUGGCGGAAUCUUGUUGGAACCAGGUUUACUCUUGUGAAUACCAACUCUUCGUUCAACAAUACUUCGCCGUCUGCCCUAGUGCCACUGAACCAAUUCCCUUCUGGCCAGCCCCCGACAAUGCUCCAAACCGAUGCUCUUGUGAUCUGGGCAAAGUGCUUCAGAACACCCUCUCUGCCCGCAACGCCCAAGUGAACUGUGUCACGCAUGUCACCGACCAGACCAUUAAUAACAUUCCUACCAAUCUGGGUGACCUAGGCAACAUUGGCGACAUCACAAAGUCAGCCACCGAGUGUGCAUGCUGCGGAGCUAGCGCCAGCAUCUCUUCUGCUUGGGACGUCUGCCCCGACACAGUCCCCAGGUUAGCCGGAGCAGACCUUUGGCCCGUAUUCUUCCCAUCCGACUGGCCCAACCUGUACAACUCUGUCCCAGACUUCGUGUGGGGCACCUGUGACAACAACUUCAGUCCAAACGACUGCAAGAAGUACGGCUUUAACAAUACAUCGGACAAGUUCUACAAGCCGGGCGACUUUCCCAACAACGGCACCAAGACUCUGUCCAACCUGCCGGGCACGGUCACAGCUCCUCCAUCUGGGACCGUUCUCACGUGGUCGCAGUCGUCCACCACGUACACCGUGACUGCCACCGGCUACGACCAGAAGGCUGUUGCAAGCCAGAGCGAGUACCGGGCUACUGCGACGAGCACCGAUGCAUUUGCCACUCAGACGUCGACCAACGGGGCUGUGGGUGUUAAGCCUGUGGGUGUCCUUGCUUUCCUGGGAGUCGUUGCGGCUGCCAUGGUGAUGUAG